GUCCAACUCAAUAGGAUACUCUGUCAGGCACUCUAUGAGCAUGCCUACCAUGAGAAACUCCCCCAGCUUCAGAUCCUUUGAAGAGAAAGUUGAAAAUACAGUUUCCACCAUCAAGACUAAAGUUGGAGGCACUGGGACCGGAGGCAGCUUCGAGGAAGUCCUCUCGUCUGCAGCCAACGCCAGCGUUCAGGAAACACCCACUAACAACCUGACUGACCCUGCGGAGAGACCCUGUUAGGACUCCAAAGCGCCGCUCUUCCUCCUCUCCUUCUCUCUUGCUGUAUCACAGCACAUUGUUGUGUAUCUACUAGAACUUCUGACCAAAGCGGAAAGCAAUGUUUUGAUUUGCAGACAAAUCUUUUGCGUAAACCUUGCGACACUCGUGAAAUUGCUGGCAAUGCCGCGUUAAUUAGGCUUGGCUAAAAUACCUUCGCUUUCAUUUCGGAAUCUCAAAAUGGCCGACUAUAGAAGCACGUGGGCUCUCACCAGACAAUGAAUGGGGAAAAAAAUUCAUUGUUGAGGCUCUUGGCUUCCAGACACUCAGUUGUAGUUGAGAUUCUCUAAAACGAGAUCAUAGUUCAUAUUUCUAAUGUCUUUCUAACUUCAUCAAAAAUUACAUUUUGUUCUCCUUUAAUCCCAGUAUUAGUCUGACGCCAUUAAAACGGCUCCAUUUUCAGUCUGUUGCACUAUAAAUAAUUCUUUGUGUUUUAGUUAAACGCAGUUUUAUCUACAAAAACUGGCUCAAACGUUUUCACUUGUUACACUACCACACCUACAGGUCAUGCAUACUACGUGUCCCAUUUACUUUAUUACACAUUACCUACUAACUAAUAAAACAUGUUUGUGUUGUGUGCAUAACAAUUUAUGGCUACUAUUUCAAAAAUAAAAAACUGCAUGGAUUUACAAAACAAUAUGUUAAACAAGCCGUAGGGAAGUUUUUUUUCCAUUGAAUCUGUGUGGGCUCUUUAGAACUUUGCCAUGAAAUUGACUUUUCCAGUGAAUUCAUGUAUUUUCAACUGUUUAAAUGUUUUCACACUAUGAAGGAUUCCCUCCUCCUUCCCGAAGGCUCCAGAAGAUGCCAGUAACCCACUAUUUAUUUUUUUAUUUUUUUUAUUAAAUUAAAUUCACAUCAGCAUUCAUGUACUGAAAGAACCAUUUUUCCAGUCUGUGAGGUAAUAAAUGUUUUGGUAAUGGAAAAUGCAAAGGAUGGGAUUGGCAUUUACAUAACAAACAACUUUUUAAUACCUUAGUCACAUUUACCAGAGACGAGUUUAACAGAGGUGUAAAUAUUAACGAUCAUUCAUCCCAAAGCAAAUGGAGAAAGCAAUCGACGCCGAAUGUACGAGCCUGCUUCAGCUCUGCAAACGAGAAAUGAAAGCAAAAUCUAAUGCAACGCCCUGAAUCAUGACGCAGAACCUCAUUUUGUGACAUGAUUCGUUUCUGUUCCUCCUGUGCAUAUUCCAGUGACAGCGUGAAAUAUUCAUAUUACGGAGGAAACUAUCUGUUUGAGACAUGUGGUGCUGCAACAUUUACUUUUUUUUUUUUUAUAGAUAACUUUUGUUGGAUUUUACCUGAUAAUGUGUACAAUGUUACAGUAUUUAAAACUUACCAAUAAACACGGUGGAUGUAGGAAA